GGCAAGUUGUAGACCACAUUGAUUCUCUUAUGGAGGAAUGGUUCCCGGGUUUAUUGGAAGUAGACAUUUGUGGCGAAGGAGAAACACUGUUGAAAAAAUGGGCUUUGUACAGCUUUGAGGAUGGAGAGGAACGUCAGAAAAUAUUGCUUGACGACCUACUUAAAAAGGCAGAGGAAGGUGACCUCUUAAUAAAUCCAAAUCAACCAAAGUCUACUGUUCCAAUAGCUCAGAUUGCUCCCGAUUUGAUUUUGGCCGAUUUACCUAGAAACAUCAUGUUGAACAACGAGGAACUGGAAUUCCACCAAGCUCCAGAAAACCUUCUCGGUAAAGACAAUUGUUGUGUUGCUUCCUACAGAUAA